AUGGAUUAUCAGAAUAGAGCUGGCUCUAAGAAAGGUGGUGGUGGUAUUGCAAGUGACUCUCAAGCUAAUCUUGCUAGACGUAAACAGGUUGAUGAGCUUCUAAGACAAGGUCAACAAGUUCCAUAUACAUUUCAAGAUGAAGCCGAUGAGUUAAACAGGAAUCCCUACAUAUACAAGAAUCAUUCCGGGAAAUUAGUUUGCAAACUUUGUAAUACUAUUCAUACAGCAUGGUCAAGUGUAGAAAGACAUCUGAGUGGUAAUAAGCAUGGCUUGAACGUGCUUAGACGUGGUAGCGCUAAUGAUAAAAAUGGUGGCCCAAGCAAACAACAAGAAGACCAAGACCAUGAGUUUUUGGAAGCUGUUGACUCUAAGAGACGUAAUUUAAGGCAUAAUGGUAUUGUACCAGAUUGUAAGACUGCCUUGGUGAAAGACAAGGAAACUGAUCAACUGGGCAUCGCAAUUCAAGUAGAUUACAAUGCAGAAGAAGAUAGUAAUGACGAACAAGUGAUAUCGCCAUUCAUUAGAAUAGUUUCUGGGUUAGAACUUUCUGAAUCAGAUCAAAACGAUAAGAAAUAUGUGGUCAUAGCUUAUGAACCAUUUGAAAACGUUGCAAUAGAAAUACCCUCUGACAAGGAAAUUGUAAUGAAUAAGAACUACGAGGAUCGGAGUUCACUGGAUGAACUUAAUGGCAAAUGCACAUUUUGGGAUGUUGAUGCUCAUAAGUUUUACGUACAGCUUUUCUUCGCAUAA